CAGGAAACCCUGAUAGAUUGGUGUGAUGAAAAGGAACUGAAUUUGAUAUUAACAACUGGAGGAACGGGGUUUGCACCACGAGAUGUCACUCCAGAGAAAUUCCCAACAUUCCCAUUUUGUGGGCUCCAGAAAGGGGCCACAAAAGAAGUAAUAGAACGGGAAGCGCCAGGGAUGGCCCUGGCAAUGCUGAUGGGAUCACUUAAUGUUACACCUCUGGGCAUGCUCUCUAGGCCUGUUUGUGGAAUCAGAGGGAAAACGCUCAUAAUUAACCUGCCAGGUAGCAAGAAAGGAUCUCAGGAAUGCUUUCAAUUCAUACUGCCAGCUCUACCUCAUGCCAUUGACCUUCUACGUGAUGCCAUUGUAAAAGUAAAGGAGGUGCAUGAUGAACUUGAAGAUUUGCCUUCCCCACCACCUCCUCUUUCCCCUCCUCCUACAACCAGUCCCCAUAAACAGACAGAAGAUAAAGGGGUUCAAUGUGAGGAAGAGGAAGAAGAGAAGAAAGACAGUGGUGUUGCUUCAACAGAAGAUAGUUCCUCAUCACAUAUAACUGCAGCAGCCAUUGCUGCCAAGAAGCAUCCAUUCUACACCAGUCCUGCUGUUGUCAUGGCACACGGUGAGCAGCCCAUCCCUGGUCUCAUCAAUUAUUCCCAUCAUUCAACAGAUGAACGGAUUCCAGACUCCAUCAUUUCUCGUGGUGUUCAGGUGCUCCCACGAGACACAGCCUCCCUCAGCACUACUCCUUCAGAAUCGCCUCGUGCUCAGGCUACAUCUCGCCUCUCUACAGCUUCCUGCCCAACACCAAAACAAAUUAGACGGCCGGAUGAAAGCAAAGGAGUUGCUAGUAGAGUUGGAUCCCUCAAAGCUCGGCUUCCCUCGUGCUCAUCUACCUAUAGUGUAUCUGAGCUCCACUCUAGAUUGGAAGGGCUUAAAGAUGAACUCUGGAGGAAUAGAGGCUACGACUUAAGAGUCCAGUCCAGGUGCAGCAGCAAGGAGAACAUUCUUAGAGCCAGUCACAGUGCUGUUGAUAUCACCAAGGUGGCUAGAAGACAUCGCAUGUCUCCUUUUCCUCUGACAUCUAUGGACAAAGCCUUUAUCACAGUCCUGGAGAUGACUCCGGUGCUUGGGACAGAAAUCAUCAAUUAUCGAGAUGGAAUGGGGCGAGUCCUUGCUCAAGAUGUAUAUGCAAAAGACAAUUUACCCCCCUUCCCAGCAUCAGUAAAAGAUGGCUAUGCUGUCCGAGCUGCUGAUGGCCCAGGAGAUCGUUUCAUCAUUGGGGAAUCCCAAGCUGGUGAACAGCCAACUCAGACAGUAAUGCCAGGACAAGUCAUGCGGGUUACAACAGGUGCUCCAAUACCCUGCGGUGCUGAUGCAGUAGUCCAGGUGGAAGAUACCGAACUUAUCAGGGAAUCAGACGACGGCACUGAAGAACUUGAAGUGCGAAUUCUGGUACAAGCUCGGCCAGGCCAAGAUAUCAGACCCAUUGGCCAUGACAUUAAAAGAGGGGAAUGUGUUUUGGCCAAAGGAACCCACAUGGGCCCCUCAGAGAUUGGUCUUCUAGCAACUGUAGGUGUCACAGAGGUUGAAGUUAACAAGUUUCCAGUGGUUGCAGUCAUGUCAACAGGGAAUGAGCUGCUAAAUCCUGAAGAUGACCUCUUACCAGGGAAGAUUCGAGACAGCAAUCGUUCAACUCUUCUAGCAACAAUUCAGGAACAUGGCUACCCCACAAUCAACUUAGGUAUUGUAGGAGACAACCCAGAUGACUUACUCAAUGCCUUGAAUGAGGGUAUCAGUCGUGCUGAUGUCAUCAUCACAUCGGGGGGUGUAUCCAUGGGGGAAAAGGACUAUCUCAAGCAGGUGCUGGACAUUGAUCUUCAUGCUCAGAUCCAUUUUGGCAGGGUUUUUAUGAAACCAGGCUUGCCAACAACCUUUGCAACUUUGGAUAUUGAUGGUGUAAGAAAAAUAAUCUUUGCACUACCUGGGAAUCCUGUAUCAGCUGUGGUCACCUGCAAUCUCUUUGUUGUGCCUGCACUGAGAAAGAUGCAGGGCAUCUUGGAUCCUCGGCCAACCAUCAUCAAAGCAAGGUUAUCAUGUGAUGUAAAACUGGAUCCUCGUCCAGAAUACCAUCGGUGUAUACUAACUUGGCAUCACCAAGAACCACUGCCUUGGGCACAGAGUACAGGUAAUCAAAUGAGCAGCCGUCUGAUGAGCAUGCGCAGUGCCAAUGGAUUGUUGAUGCUACCUCCAAAGACAGAACAGUACGUGGAGCUCCACAAAGGCGAGGUGGUGGAUGUCAUGGUCAUUGGACGGCUAUGAUGGUCACCAGCAGGAGAAAGCUUUGAUGCAUGUCCACAUAUCAUUGACUGUAUCCUGUAAUAUGCAACGGCACAGCUAGUUUUCCUGAUUUGGAUGAAAGUUGAUCUGUAUAGUCAACAUCUGGAACUAUAUUUCAAAUGAAUUUAAAUAUCUUUUAAAGAAAAAAACACCUAAAAAUAAAUCUUAACAGACAAUUCUAUUCUGAUUAUAUCAAGGCAAAUUUUUCCUUUCUUGCAAAUUGCUUUGUGUGUUCAAUGCUAGGUCUGAUAGCGAUAGCUUUUAGUAGACAGCGGUAGGUGCCUGCAGAACUUGUGUUUUUCUCAUCUUUAAAAUACAACUACUUAUGCUCUUAAAUCAAGGCUGUCUGCUUAUUUAUACUAGCGUAGGCAACACUUGGAUUUCCCUUCUUAGUAUGCUUCAUAACUGCUUUACAGAGAGCUUUUGCUUGUUCCUUCUCAUGUAUCUCGUGUUUAUGUGCACAGUGCCAAAAGAAGACUGACUGGGUGGAGGCUCUGCCUUGCCUCGAGAACCAUCCCCUGCAGAGCAUCCAGGGAGGUUUCUCGCCCCAAUAGCCUCAUGGCACAGUACUCUUGGGCGGUAACUGGAUACCUUUUAUUUGAACCAACAAACUGAAGAAAAAUGCUUCCUUAAGUGCUGACAGCCUUUUUAACCAAUACAUUUAAAAUUGUACAGAACAAAAAAAUAAAAUCAAAGACUGAUCUUGUACAGAUAUUAGUGUUACCAGCAUUCACGUGGAAAUCAAGAGCAAAGACAAAAUAAUGUUAAACAACUCUGUACCAUAACAUUUUCUGUAAUGAUACUGAAACUUAAUGAAUAAAAAAAAAUUCCUUGAUCAUUAUUUAAAAAUG